CGAUCGUCACUCUUUCCGUCUCGACCAUCCCUCUGCACAGGGAAUGUUCAAUCAAUGCGAUUUUCCCAUAUCCUUACCGUUGCUGCCCUCACAAUCUUGUUUCUCGUAAAGAUGCCAUACAACUGUCACUCAUGUGGCAAGAUUCUCAACAAUAAUCGAUGUGCUAUCAACGGCCACAAGGCACAAUGCCCCAAGAGAGCUUCUAGAGCUCGAAUGCUUGCUGAUGGCGCCAUGGGACUCAAGAAAUCGAGUAGAGGAGGUGGAAAAUGAUUUGAGGGACUGGGAAAUCUGAGACCGCCUGUUCUACGGGAUGCUCCUACACCUGGCUCAUCGAAGAGCAAUUCUCAUUUCUCAAUGGUAGCAGAAGAUUAUAGACCUCCAACUCCUACCACCAAUCUAUCCGAUACUAUGAUGGACCUCAACGAUUUUCAAACUGGCGCAGAAUCGGACAUUAUUAUUGACAAUCCUAAACCAGAACCAGUCGUCGAAGGUCGAGGUCAUCGGAGAAAGCUCAUACGGAAGCAUCUGCAUGAUUAUCUCCCUUCCUCCAACCUAGAAACCACACGAAUGAGCCAAUAUGCUGAGAUCAAAUCUCCACCAUCUCGCCACUGGCAACCUCCAAAGGUAGAAGAGGAACAGCCUUCCGAAUCCGAUUCAGAACUCGAGCUGGACAACAAACCAGCAUUUACUACGACAGAUCCCAACAUAUUUGGACUUUUCCG